AUGAGGCCCCCAGAGCCCUCGGCCUUCACCGGGGUUCCUCGUCCUGUGCGCUCGGCCUUCUGCCAGAAGGCACCCACCAACUCCAUCUCACUCUCCCUGUCCCCACCUAACCCACUCUUCUCCUACCACGCCUGCAGCCCUCCAGCCCUGCACUUGGAGAGGGCACUCAUCCUGUCCCUGGUCCACGGCUUGCUUCGCUGCAACGCUGGUCGCGCGAGCCUCCGGGAGGGCGCUGUGCGCAGAGCCGAGCCGCAGCCUGGCCAGCUCGCCCUCGUGGCGGCCGAGAGCACACACGACGGAGGAGCAGUGGACUGGAAGCCUCUGACCUUGAGCCUGGAGAGCUGUCAGUCAGAACAAGGCCCAGAAGGUGUGAGCCGCCAGAGGGGCUGGGCUCCCCUGUCUGGGGCUGCCCCUGUCCGCUGGGGCCGCCCGUCCUGCGCAACUCACUGCUGCCCUCUCUCCGCAGUGCUGCUCACGGCCGUGAACUGCUACAGCGUGAAGGCCGCCACCCGGGUCCAGGACGCCUUCGCCGCCGCCAAGCUCCUGGCGCUGGCCUUGAUCAUUCUGCUCGGCUUCAUCCAGAUUGGGAAGGGUGACGUGUCCAAUCUGGAUCCUACGUUCUCGUUCGAGGGCACCAAGCUGGACGUGGGGAACAUUGUGCUGGCAUUGUACAGCGGCCUCUUUGCCUAUGGGGGAUGGAACUACUUGAAUUUUGUCACAGAGGAGAUGAUCAAUCCCUACAGAAACCUGCCCCUGGCCAUCAUCAUCUCCCUCCCCAUCGUCACCCUGGUGUACGUGCUGACGAACCUGGCCUACUUCACCACACUGUCCACGGAGCAGAUGCUGACGUCGGAGGCUGUGGCCGUGGAAUUCGGGAACUAUCACCUGGGCGUCAUGUCCUGGAUCAUCCCCGUCUUCGUGGGCCUGUCCUGCUUCGGCUCCGUCAAUGGGUCCCUGUUCACGUCCUCUCGGCUGUUCUUCGUGGGGGCCAGGGAGGGCCAUCUGCCCUCCGUCCUGUCCAUGAUCCACCCCCAGCUCCUGACACCCAUGCCGUCCCUCAUCUUUACGUGCGUCAUGACCCUGCUGUACGCCUUCUCCAGAGACAUCUUCUCCGUCAUCAACUUCUUCAGCUUCUUCAACUGGCUCUGCGUGGCCCUGGCCAUCGCCGGGAUGCUGUGGCUCCGCUACAAGAAGCCCGAACUGGAGCGGCCCAUCAAGGUGAACUUGGCCCUCCCCGUGUUCUUCAUCCUGGCCUGCAUCUUCCUCAUCGCCGUCUCCUUCUGGAAGACCCCUGUGGAGUGUGGCAUUGGCUUCACCAUCAUCCUCAGCGGCCUGCCCGUCUACUUCUUCGGGGUCUGGUGGAGAAACAAGCCCAAGUGGCUCCUCCAAGGCAUCUGUGAGUACCUUUAUCCGCAGUCUGGGCCCCCCUUCCCAGACCCCAGAGCGGGGCCGUCUGCAGCUCUGGUCUAA